AUGCCUAGAAUCAAAGCGUUUGAUGUCAUAGCCUUCUCGCUGGUUACUUUUGUGGGGAUAUAUACAGGUACUCAGUUUUUCGAGCCGAUCAUAAUAGAGAGGCUCAAGAAAGACAACAACCUGAGAUCGGACAUUGACGUCCCCCAAUACGAUGAGGAGGGGAACCCACUGUCGCCCAAGUCAAUGUUAGACUUGAGAAAAGAGCUUGAAAAAGUGCAGGAGAGUCAAAAGGCGGAACAGGCUGACAGCAAGUGA